AUGCAUAUUACAUUGGAAGCAACAGCGCAGCGGAACAGCUUGUUCUCUAUCGAGUUUUUUCGCAACUUCACGUCUGACCUGAAGAAAGCACUCCCGGGGUCCUCAUCUCUUCUCAAGUCGACUCCUCCAUCUCACGCCCUCGUUGAUAUUUUUGGGAUUGAACCACUUCACAAGUUUCUCGUCGCCAUCUCUAGGGCAGAUGCCUUCAACGGUGAAGUCGCCGCAGGGUUUGCGCAGACCAAAGACGACCUUUCCUUGCUUCGCUCACUAAAAUUGCUCAAAUACUGCUACAACCUGCCUUGCGGUCAACUGUUCAACGUGCUUUCAUCAGUCAUUUCCAAGUUUGAUGCUGAAUAUGGAGCAUCUUUUGCGGCAUUUGCUGGUAAGGUUCUCGAUGAUGAGACCCUCGGGCCGUUGUUCAUGAAGCACGUCACUAUUGCGAAGGAUUCCUCACCAGCUUUGAAGGAGAUCUACGGAGCCAAUGCUGACUACCUGUUGGACAAUGACCCGCAUGCCCUGUACCCUACAUCAAUUUAUCGUCAAUGCAAGGGACAUGUCACAUCGAGCGAUGACAGUCGAGUUAUUGAAAGCGUUAUGGGAACGACCAUCACAACAACAAUAGAAAUUGUCCGAGAUGUGUUAAGUCCGUCAAACACGCAAUUACGAGACGUCUACAAACCCUUAAAGAGGUGUGUUGCUGUCGUCGACGAGCGAUUGGACAGGCUCUACGGCUCCGCCAUGGACGAAUACUUUGCAGCACACGAAAUUUCUUUUGAGAAGCUUGUGUACCGAUGCAUGGAAGUCGACAAGGACAUUUCCACGGUUGAAAAGAUCCUUGUUGAUCUCAAGGGCAAGCGAGUGUCACGGAAUGAACCGGUCCUUGUGGUUGGCGGUGGUGUCAUGGCUGAUAUCGGCGGGUUCGCCUGUGCUCUUUAUCACAGGAAUACUCCCUACGUAAUGUUGUGCACAUCUAUUGUGUCAGGCAUUGAUGCUGGGCCUUCUCCUCGGACAUGCUGUGACGGGUUGGGAUACAAAAAUGUUUUCGGUGCGUAUCAUCCCCCCAUCCUCACUCUAACUGACCGACAAUUCUUCAAGACGCUAGAGCCCGGAUGGAUUCGUCAUGGCAUCGCCGAAAUCAUAAAGAUGGCGGUCACUAAAGACGCCACUCUUUUCACAGCGCUGGAGACUGCCGGAAACCGUCUGGUGGAGACCAAGUUUGGAGUGGACCAAUGUGGGCGUGGUUCUGAUAUCGAUGUUCUCAGCGAAUCUAUCAUUGCGAAAGCUAUGGACGGCUAUGUCCGCUCAGAGUACGGAAACUUAUGGGAGACCCAUCAGUGCCGUCCACACGCGUACGGGCACACCUGGUCGCCCGGUUUCGAACUGCAAGCAGGUCUCCUUCAUGGUCAUGCAGUUUCCAUUGGUAUGGGUUAUGGCGCGUACCUUUCAUUCCUAGAAGGCUGGAUUACGGAGAGUGAAUUUCACCGAAUUCUUAAGGUGAUGAGUGCAGUUGGACUCUCACUGCGGCAUGACAUCCUUGAGAAUCCAGACUCCCUCUGGUCUUCGCAGGUGAAGAUGACGGAAAAGCGAGGCGGCAACCUUUGUGCCCCGAUACCACGCGGUGCGAUUGGAAAGUGCGGAUACUUGAACACAUUGACGCGAGAGAGGAUGGAAAGCACCUUGAUUGAAUACCAGAUCAUUGCGAAAAAAUACCCUAGGGAAGGUUUCGGCAUUGAGCCGCACUGCCGAGAUGUUGGUCUGGAGGAUCCAUCGACUGUGAAACAACAUGCUGCCCACGCUGUUCCUAAAGGGAGCUUAGAGACUGAUGCUGCAACGUCUGGAAAUCCAGUCGCUGAUCCCUCGGAUAGCAACGGAGAAAAAGGACGAAGCAACAUUGAGGAAUACAAUCAGUGGAUCUCAGAGAAGCAAGUUAGUCGCAAUGAAGGUGAGACAUCAUCUUCUUUAAACAGCGUGCUUUCAACUGCAACGGAGAGUGAUACACUUCAGCCCCCUGCUUUCGAACACUCCACAUUAUUUUUCCCGGGCGCCGAAGAAUAUGCAAAUGCUAUGACAUCCCGUCCGACAGCUGACUUUGUCAACAUUGCCGACGAAACAAAGGCGGCGAAACUUUUCGCUCCGUGCAUGGUAGGUCCCAUCGAGGGCCAAUUUUUGAAGAUGAUCGCACAAAUUAAGAAUGCCAAGAGGAUUCUUGACAUUGGAACAUUCACCGGAUAUUCCGCACUGGCAUUUGCGGAUGGAAUUUCUUCAAUUGGAGAAGUCGUCACGAUUGAAGCAGACAACUCUGCAGCUGUUGUUGCCCGAAAGUGCUUUAAGAGUGCCCAGAAUGGCUAUAAAGUGAAGCUGCUUGAAACAGAUGCGAGGAAGGCGGUAACCGAUAUGGUCCGUACUGGAGAGCAAUUUGAUAUCAUAUUUUUGGAUGCAGACAAGACCAACUACAAGCAUUAUUACGAAGCAGCUUUAAACUUGCUCGACGAAGACGGCCUCAUCAUGGCUGAUAACGCGUUAUGCUCUCUUGUUUACGAAGAAAACGAUCCUGUCCGUCAAAGUUUGCACGAGUUUGCUCAGUUUGUGAGAAAUGAUAAGCGCGUAGAACAAGUGAUGUUGACCGUUCGCGAAGGUGUGCUCCUCGUCCGGAAAGUGUGA